AUGAUCUUUACAACGAGAGGUAAAGGUAGAAUUGUUUCGAUUUUUAUCCUUGGUUUGACCACGUUUCUCUUGUACGCCUCAUACCAAGCAAAGUUCGGACAAGAAAUUAGCCAGGCCACUCACAGCAACAGCAUAGUGGGUGCGAUCGUCAGGCGAAAGGUUGUUCUAACUCAAGCUACAGAAACAGAAAAACCCACUAUUAAUUCAUCUCCAAAGGUUUUCAUUUAUCUCACUCAAACAGAACAAUGCCUUCCCUCAAACUUGGCCUCUCCUUCCGAGAUCGGCGACCCCGAGACAUGUAACUGUGAUUUCAUAGUGCUAAGCUUUCGUACUAAAUGUCAAGUGCAAAAGUCGCCCCACAUCACUUAUCUGUUCGAUCCUAAUACUGGAUGGGGAACAGGACGAAAUGUGCUGUAUUUUGCUGCAAUAACGAGAUCCCCAAAAUACCAUUAUUACAUUUUUAUGGAUGAUGAUGUGAUGCUGCGUUUCAAUUCAUUUGCUCCGCCACAAAUGAAGAAGCUUCCGCCGUUUAGAGUCUUCGAACAAUGGCUCUUAGAUUACGAGCCUGUAGUUGGCGUUUUGGAUUAUGGAGUUCACCAUGGGGCAAGAUGGAUUUAUGAUAGACGACGGACCAUAUGUAAAAAAACAGACAGUCCCCUUGUGAUAACAUCAGUAUGGUUCGAUGGUAUUUUCAAUGCAUUUCAUUAUAAAGCUAUUGAGCAUCUUUUCCCUUACCGCACGCAGUAUGAAAAAAAAAGCUGGUGGUCGCUGCAUAGAUAUAUAUUUACUGCUGUGGAACUGAUAUUUCGAGGCCAGGCAUUGAUGUUUGUGCCUAUUACUGCGAUUAAUCCAACCCAUCGCUCAUACCCAAAGAGUUGGUUGAACAUGGGAGUAUACUGGAGAGAUUACGUCGACACUAUUCGAGCAGAAGCUCCUUUAGUUUACAGAAAUCAGUCGUUAUUUGACGUAUUAAGGCAGAAUCUUAGUGAUUACAUUACCAACGCGAGAACAUAUUGCAUGAAAGUAACACGGCAUCAACCCAUAAAACCAUACGCUCAUUUUGAUAGUCGAACAGAGAUGUAG